CGUUGGGAGACGGUCCCUUACGCAGGAAAGUUCGGCGUCGGUUUCAAGGCUCCUCCCCUCCGGUGAAGCAGACUGCGGGGCGCCUGGAAACCGGUCGGAGGGAGCGCGGCGCGGCGAGGCGAGGGGCGCGGGCUCGAGGGGCCGGCACAAAUGGUCAGGCGGCGGCGGCGGAGGCGGCGGCGGCGGCCGUAGUCGGAGGCGCGGAGGACGCUGCCGCCGGUGCGGCCAGAGCUGCGCGCUGCGCUCCGCGGCCGCGUGAGUGGCGGCCGGAGCUGCCCUGUCCCUGCCCGCCGCUCCCUUCAUGAGUCGCAAGUUCGGGCCGGGAGGAGCAGCGGCGGCGGCGGCGGCGGCGGCGGCGGCGGGGGCGGCGGGAGCCCGGCAGGGCAGGCGGCACCGACUGAGCAUGGCCGAGCGGCGCGGGCCGGCGGUGAGCGGCGGCGGGGAAGUUGGCAGCGGCCGGUGCCCGCGGCUGCCGCUGCUGCUGGUGCUGCUGUGGGCGGCGGCGCUCCCGGCCGGGGGGCAGCUGCCGGCGUCGCAGUACAACGGCGAGCGGGGCAUCUCCAUCCCUGACCACGGCUACUGCCAGCCCAUCUCCAUCCCUCUCUGCACUGACAUCGCCUACAACCAGACCAUCAUGCCCAACCUGCUGGGCCACACCAACCAGGAGGACGCGGGGCUGGAGGUGCACCAGUUCUACCCGCUGGUGAAGGUGCAGUGCUCGGCCGAGCUCAAGUUCUUCCUGUGCUCUAUGUACGCGCCGGUGUGCACCGUGCUGGAGCAGGCCCUGCCGCCCUGCCGCUCCCUCUGCGAGCGGGCCCGCCAGGGCUGCGAGGCCCUCAUGAACAAGUUCGGCUUCCAGUGGCCCGACACGCUGCGCUGCGAAAAGUUCCCGGUGCACGGGGCUGGCGAGCUCUGCGUGGGGCAGAACGCCUCCGAGCGCGGCACCCCCACGCCCGCCCUGCGCCCCGAGAGCUGGACCAGCAACCCGCACCGCGGGGGCGCCGGCGGCGGGGCCGGGGCCGGCGAGCCCCGCGGGCGCUUCACCUGCCCGCGGGCGCUGAAGGUGCCCUCCUACCUGAACUACCGCUUCCUGGGAGAGAAGGACUGCGGGGCGCCCUGCGAGCCCGGCCGCCUCUACGGGCUCAUGUACUUCGGGCCCGAGGAGCUGCGCUUCUCCCGCACCUGGAUCGGCAUCUGGUCCGUGCUCUGCUGUGCCUCUACCCUCUUCACCGUCCUCACCUACUUGGUGGACAUGAAGCGAUUCAGCUACCCUGAGCGGCCCAUCAUCUUCCUCUCAGGCUGCUACACGGCGGUGGCCGUGGCCUACAUCGCCGGCUUCCUCCUGGAGGAGAGGGUGGUCUGCAACGAGCGCUUUGCCGAGGACGGCUCCCGCACCGUGGCACAGGGCACGAAGCGGGAGGGCUGCACCAUCCUCUUCAUGAUGCUCUACUUCUUCGGCAUGGCCAGCUCCAUCUGGUGGGUCAUCCUCUCCCUCACCUGGUUCCUUGCUGCUGGCAUGAAGUGGGGCCAUGAGGCCAUUGAGGCCAACUCCCAGUACUUUCAUCUGGCCGCCUGGGCCGUGCCGGCCAUCAAGACCAUCACCAUCCUUGCCCUGGGACAAGUGGAUGGCGACGUCCUCAGCGGCGUCUGCUUUGUGGGCAUCAACAACGUGGAUGCCCUGAGGGGCUUCGUGCUGGCCCCCUUGUUCGUCUACCUGUUCAUCGGCACCUCUUUCCUGCUGGCUGGCUUUGUGUCCCUCUUCAGGAUCCGGACCAUCAUGAAGCAUGACGGCACCAAGACAGAAAAGCUGGAGAAGCUCAUGGUGAGGAUAGGCAUCUUCAGCGUCCUCUACACGGUGCCGGCCACCAUCGUCAUUGCCUGCUAUUUUUACGAGCAAGCUUUUAGGGAACAGUGGGAGAGGAGCUGGGUCACGCAGAGCUGUAAGAGUUAUGCCAUUCCCUGCCCCAACAACCACAGCGGCCACCACCCGCCCAUGAGCCCCGACUUCACUGUCUUCAUGAUCAAGUAUCUCAUGACCUUAAUCGUGGGCAUCACCUCGGGCUUCUGGAUCUGGUCUGGGAAAACCCUGAACUCCUGGAGGAAGUUUUACACCAGGCUCACCAACAGCAAGCAGGGCGAGACCACGGUCUGAGAUCUCUGCUUGCCAGGCUAGGGAGAUGCGGGCAGGCGGAGGACUGAGGCUCUGCCUCGGGAAGCAGCUCCUUAUCCAGCCUGGGCAAACUUUUGGGACUGCGAAUGGCUUCCGCAGGCGGCGGGGAGCGGAGGACGAGCUAGGGGGCCCCAGUGCUGGGAUCUCCGGGCUCUGCCCACCCUGUGCUGCUCGGGCUGUCUCCUGUAGGAGCUGAACGCACUGUCAGGUUGGGGGAGAGGGAUGUAAAUAGCCUCUGUAAGAUUUUGUAAGUAUAUUUGUAUUUAAAUUACAAAAAAACUCACUUUUUUUUUUAAUUAUUUAGGACACUUCUAACCCGUUUGCGGAUUUUACGUCCUUGCUUAUCACCCCCGCUUUUUUUUUUUUUUUUUUUAAUUUAAAGGAAAAAAAGGCUUUGGAUUUUUAUUUCGUAGGGAAGGAUGGGUAAAGCUGCCGGUAAAAGAAUCGAAAACAAAUCCCCUUCUUCUCCCCCACACAGGUUUUGUAAUGGCUUUGCUUGGAAUUUCAGCUGCAUGAGCAGGAGGGCGCGGAGCGGGCUGCGGCCGGGGGCGCCUCCUGACCCGGGCUGGGUCCUGGUCCCGGUCCCGGUCCCGGUCCCGGUCCCGGUCCCGGUCCCGGUCCCGGUCCCGGUCCGCCCGCGGUAGCGUGGAGGUGGGGACGGGGAGGGAGGAGCGCCGCUUCCCGCCGCGGCCCCGGCCCCGGCCCCGUCUGGGAGCACCGACCCCGCCCGGUCCCGUACGGGGAGAACGGAGAAGUGCCCGGGCAUGGCGCAGGAGCGGCGCUGCGCCGAGCCCCGGCCCCGCUGGCCCCCGCCGGGCCUUUCUGGGGGUACAAAGAGCAGCCGUGCUCGGGGCGGGCCGCUGUGAGCGGGGAGAGCCCCUCGCGGUGCCCGGGGCCGGGGCGGCCGCCGCCCGCCGGGGGUGCCGGGUCCGGCCGUGCCGCGCAUGGCUCGGGAGCGGUUGGCCCGGUUCGGUGUACGGGUUGGGGUUCAUUCGCACCGCCUGCACCUGUAGCACCUCCGAUGGCUCAGGAGGUGGAUGGCGGCAGAAACACACCGAAAUUCCCUCCUGCUGGCGUUUUUUUCUAAGCCCACUUUCCAGUGCGGGGGCGCCCCGCGGGUGCUCCUACCGCCGCCUGCCCCGGUCCCUCCCGCCGGGCUGCUGCCGGCUGGGGUCAGCAGGAUCAGGAAAUACGGGCUCCGUGAAAAGAACCUCAUCGGAAUAAAACGCAGCAUUCAGUUUGGGGCUUUUGUUUGUUUCCUCCCUGCCCCCUAGUUAUAUUCAUACACCGGCUCUUCAUAUGGGAAACAUUGGAGCCAUUGCCAUUCCUCUGAAUUUUAAUUCAUUGAGAUUUAAAUCAUUACACAUUAUGAGGGUGUGAUGAUUUUUGCCAGUAGUAAAAACAAUGGAAAGGAAAACAGUAAAGCAGAAUGCUUAAGCAUUCUGGUGAGAUGUGAGACCUGAAAGAGCCUCUGCUGUCUUUUUUCCCCUCUUUUUUCGGUACAGAAAUAACAUUGCAUACUGCAAGGAUAAAAUACCAUGUGUGCAGUAUAUCAGCUGCCUUGUGUACUCCUGGGUGUGUGGGACUGUGCUUCUAAUACGUUAAAAAAGUUAAAGACGAAAUUGUAACUUUCAACAGAUGCAUUUGAAUAUGUAGACCUCUGUAUGAAAAACAGCAGAAUGCUUCUCUCCUGAUUGUAUUGUUUUAAACUUUUUUUUAUAUUACAAAUGCCUGUAUUUAGGUUCAUAAACAUUAUCUAUGGCUACCAUACCCUGAAAUGCAAAAUUAUUUUAAUUUGGUAUGCAUUUAUUUCUGUUCAUUAUCACAAGAUCAUCUAUAUUUAUAGAGGAAUAGAAAUUUAUAUAUAUUAAAUACCAUAUUUUUAAUUUCUCUGAAAUAAAUUGAGGUUUUGU